UCCCGCCUGGACUCGAUCCAAACCGGGCACGGUGAUGGAUUUAUUGGCGAUGGGUGCGAGUGCCGUUAACGCGCCGUUGCCGGUGCUCGCGUUUUGGCGCGAUUUUGCUGCGGGCGGAGGGACAACGGCGAGCAACGGCGAUAUAAACCCAGGGACCCCGCCGGGCCACACCUACUCUGUCUGUCUGUGAGCGGAGGACACGGAGGAAGGAGACGGAGCAGACACCGGAGCAGACACCGGAGCAGACACCGGAGCGCCAUGCUGCCCGGCUCUCACUUUGACUUCACACGCAGAAAAUCUCCCGCCGGCAGAUAGUCACGCUUCACGCGCUCUGUGGAUUUUAUUGGAUAUUUGCUCGAUUAAUUUUCUCCAGUUUGUGAAAGAAAAUCUGCAGAUUCUGCGAACAAACAUGUUGCAAAGCUUCUCUCAGUCGCCGGACUGGCUUUACUCGGAGCCUCUGCUGUUUGACGACGAGUUCUGCCAGAGUUUAAUGAAGGACCUCCAGUCGCUGCCGACUCCCCCACAGAGCCCACCCAUGAAGGCCGGGAUGGGAGGCAGCAAGCCCCUCUCCAAAGAGGACCAGCUGAGCUACGUGUCGGACAUCCUGCUGGAGGAUCACGACAUGCAGCAGCUCAACUGGAACUACGACUUCUUCCACUCGGACGCCGCCGAGAAGGACUGCGAGCCCAGCCAGCCCUGCUCCCCGCUGGAGGAGAGCGGCGAGGACUGCCUGUGGCGGUGCCUGGCGUCCGACAAGAGCCUGGAGGAGAAGCUGGUGUCCACGAUGCUCGGCUCCAGCCCGCUGCUGUCCGACAUCAACACCAGCAUCUUUGAGGAGAUCGCCGGCUCCACGCUCGACUGCCAGAACCUGAUGAACACUCCUGAGUCCAGCGAGGCCACAUCAGACUACGGAUCAACCGGCGGCGAGCUGUCCACCUAUUCAUCCAGUGACUCUGAGGAGGAGAUCGACGUAGUGACCGUGGUGCGCUGUCCCUCCAGCUCCUCCCCCCUGUCGUCAUUGGCCGACCAGUCUGUCCGCCAGCAGAAGCAGGAAGAGGAGCAGCGAGCCAUCCAGCGCCACCACUUCGAGAUCCAGCUGCAACACAACUACGCCGCCCCCCGUCCCGCCUCGCCGCCGCCCGCCUCCACGUCCAACAAACGCUCGCGAGGCAACGACGGCUUGGCGCGCCACCACCACUCUUCCCGCAGCUCUUCUUCCUCUUCGUCGUCGUCCUCGUCGUCGUCGCGGUACAACAACCACCACCACCACCACCACUCGUCCCGGAACUCGACAGAGACCGAGGACGAGGAGGAGCGCCGGCGGACGCACAACGUGAUGGAGCGGCAGAGGCGCAACGAGCUGAAGAACUGCUUCAUGCACCUGCGAGACAACGUGCCCGAGCUGUCGCACAACGACAAGGCGUCCAAGGUGGUGAUCCUGAAGAAGGCGCGAGAUUGCAUCUACAGCCUGGAGGACGAGGGCCACAGACUGCAGUCCAAGAGGGACAAACUCAGAGCCAAACAGGAAGAGCUGAAAGCCCGGCUGGAGCAGCUGCGCAGCUAAUGGGCUCCUUCAGAGACAAUGUGGGUGGAGAUGACACGGUGGAGAGACGUUGUAAAAAGACAGAGGCAUGGGCGGGGAGAAAGAAUCGUGUGUCAUCCCGAAAAGAGCACACAAAGUUUGACAUUUCAAGGACUUUAUGAUAACAAUAACUCUGGACUGUAUAGACUCAUGUUUGCAACUUGCCAUGGACAAACUAAACACACUCAUUGCCUCAGAAUUGAUCAUUCUCAUGCCUUGACUGCUGACUGUUGUAGAGAGUAGGAUGUUUUGUUUUUUAAAGUUGAAAUGAGGACGGAGCGAGCAGAUUUUUUUUUAUGUUUUAUUUGGUAGUUUGGCUGGAUGCACACUGAAAGACUAGAACGAGAUCUUCUAUUGUUUGAUCCCAUUUGGGAAUCCCCCUUUUUUUCUUUUUUUUAGGGAUGCCAAAUGGCAGAGAAGAAUGACACAGAAAGCACCUGUUGGGUCAAAUAACUCAAAGCCACGUCAGCUCAGUAGCCGAUUGAUGAAACUUGUUUCAGUAAUCUAAUAUUCAGGACGUCUUAUAGCCAUACUAACCAGCGAUCCCUCCACUCGGACAGGUGUGUCACGGUGGCUGUCAAGUUAUUUGGUUCGCAGCGUCUCUGUCCAAUUCCAAAUCUUUACACAUUUGAUUAGGAAAAAGUUUUUCAGCGUGCCUUCAGCCCCGUUUGGUCUCAGGCGGACCCUCGGGGUGGGCAAACACCACUCUGUUAUCAGGUUAACGUGUGUUCACGACAGUACUGUAUAGACCAGGUGUGAUACUGUACAAUAUCACGAUAACGUGCACGGCCUCGGCUCAGUUCACCACCAGCUCGCUCGCUUCAGAGUAUGUGUGUGUUUUUUCUAGUUGCUGGGGAGGAAGAGAAAAAAUAUAUAAAUUUUGUGUAUUUAAGUAUUUUUCAUUAAUAAACUGUUCAAACUCAAAAUGUAGCCAUAUUAAACAGCAUUCAGGUUUUGAGGCGACCGAGCCUGGAGCCGUGAACUGAGCCGCGAGCCGCGCCGACGUAGCAAAAUCGGCCAAAGUCGGAGGUGGGAAAACAAAAACAGAGUGACCGAUGGUGUCCUGACAUUAUUAUUACUUAUUAUUUAAUGAUUUCCUGGUUGGAGGAAGCUGCGGCAGCAGUGAUACUGUGACAUUUAGUCGUGUUGCUAAGUGUAAAUUAAGAGAAAACAAAUGGUUGACAUGUUUUUCCCGUUGGAGGAAAGUGUUUUAAAAGUCAUUGUGAUUCAUCAUCUGUGGCUCUCACUGAUCAAACGUUGGAAAUGUUGUAAAAACGUUUGAACCAUGUGGAUGUUUGACCAAUGAGAGCCACCGACGCAUAUUCCCCCCUUUUUUUUAUUUGAAAGAGAAGCGACAGCCUCCAGCAGCUUCGUACCGACUUAAUCUGUUCGUUUGGACAGAAAGUUGUUGCCGAGGCGCCGUCGAGGCUGUACAUGUUCACCAGGAGCCCGUUUGUCAUCAGGUUUGGUUGAGCUUGUGCUUUGGGCUGGAUCUGAAGUUUUGAAAUGUUUGAUAACAGGGGGGGGUUUGAAUGCUAAACUAAAUAUCGAUUAUUGCCAAUGUUUAUCCAUUUAUAUGUGCUGUUUUGUACCAAUGUGCAAAUGGUGGGGAAACAUUUGCUUUGUUUGUGUCAAAAUGUCUUAAAAAUGCAUCUUUUUGUUGUAUGAACAGUUCUUCCUCCUUCAGUCUGAGCGUACUUGAACAGACCCUGGUCGUUGGAGUAAUGCGUUGAGGUGUUCGUAGCGGUUAAAAACCUGUUCUGCCUUGAAAUGUAUCUGUUCAGGACUCCUUGUUUCCUUUGUGUGAUUAUGUUGCUGUCUGGUUAAAACCUCGCCCGCUUCUAACAUGAGGUAUUUUUAUAUUAUUAUUUUUUUUAAAGGAAGCCUGAGCUUCUUGUUUUUAUCUUCCAAACCUCUCGAUUUAUAUAUUUUUCAUGUAGUGGCGUCACCUUCAACAGAACUGUGUUCUGAAGUAAAGAGUUCAGAGGUUUUAACGAGACAGCAGGAAUUAUUGUUUCUUCUUAGCAUGAUACAACCUACCUCCACCUGGCUGCAGUCUGGCCUGUAAUGUUUGUUUUUUUCUGGUUGAAAUAUUGUACAGAUUUCUUUUUUUUUCAUGUAAAUAUUUUUGUUAUUGUAUCAUAAAUUAUUUUAGUCUUUUUCUUUUUAAUUUUGAGGAUUUUUAAAAGAUGUUAUUCUUUACAAGUGGCACUUUUGUUUUUUUUUUAAUAUUGACGUAAUUAAAGAAUGAAUUUGA